AUGAUGAGUGAAGGUCCUUCAACGCUCUGGAGAUCCCAAGAUCAAGCCAGAGAUUUCUUCCAGGAAGGGGAUUGGCAACUAGCCAACGGUGACUUCCCGUUGGCCGCUGCCUUCUAUGUUGCUGGAUUCCUCCUCUGCGCCCCCAUGGCCAUCAACAAGCUGGCUUCUCUUGAGAAGAAGGACCAAGCCAUCAUAGUCACCAUCUUGGAGAGCUGGUGCCGAGGAGAAAGCCCCAUCCCAAAGCUUGGGAACCAUCCUUCCAACCCGCCGCUGCUCAACGCCGCAAGGGCGGCUGCUUUCCUCCUGGCCUUUGACCCACACAACAUGGACGCCUUGCUCUUCAACAUGGACGCUGCGCUGAAGGCGGGCCACCCCCUCCGCGUGGCCAGCCAGUGUGGCUCUCUCAUGGAGGUCCACCCUUGCGUGGAGCUGGUCCUUACCCAUGCUUUGGCCCUGGUGCUGUCCCAAACGCACCUCCGAGAUGGGGUCGCCAAAUACCUCAGGGCCUUCGCGGAAAGCCGGACUGAGACCGUGACGUUCAUGAGCCGAAGACAGGGGAGAUACCUGCAGAAGGUCAUUCAGGCUUGUUUGGGCUGCCUCUCCCUUCCAGACAACUGUCCCGAACUCAUCCGGGAAGAUCUUUGCUAUGACUUUCUGGCUGCCAUAGCUCCCGAGGACCUCCGGGUCUGCCCCAUUCAGGUCCGGCGUCUUUUCGAGCGGCGUAUGUAUGAGGAAUGUGUGUCCCUCUCCAGCAGGGCCUUAGAGGCCUUCUCCUCCAGCGGUUCGCCCAGCGGCCAAGAGACCUCAAGUCUUCUACUGCACCGAGCUGCGGCUUUCUUUGCCAUCGGAGGCCACUUGCCGGAGAUGCUGAAGGACCUCAAGGCUGCCUUCGAAGCUCACCCCAAGCUGGCUAAGAGCGUCUUCGAAGACCUCUUCACUCCAGGAGAGGCGGAAAGGAUCGAGAAGCACACCCGGACAGUCCUGGAGGCGGAUUUUGCUGCUUACAAAGAGGCCGUCCGUGUGAGGGAUGAAGUCCGUAGCAACGGCGGGCAGGAGUUGAUUCCUCUCGUUCUCCGAACGCUCCAUUUCCUGCUCCAGAUCGCCCCGGGGUCCCUGCGAGAACUGAACGUCCGCCUGGCCGAUUGCUACCUCUUAGAAGGCAACAUCUCGGCCUCUUUAGAAGUUUGCGACCGUCUCCUCUCCGCCGCAGAAACCACGUACCGAAACACCCUUCUGGCGCAGCGUGGUUUCUGCCACCUUCAUGCCAACCGCCAUCCGGAAGCCCUCCGAGACUUCCAGGCGAUCCUCGAAGACCUCACACCGCAUCCGAGCAGCUGCGUGAAGGCUCUGUGUGGGCGAGGCCUGCUGCGAGCCUGGGCUGGCCAGCCGUAUCUCACCGCCUUGGAUUACCUAACCGCCUGCGGACUCCGGUUCGAGGAGACGGGCUUUGCGAUCAAGGCCUACGUCCCGUGGAACCAGAGAGGGUUCCUCUUGGUCAACCUCCAGGAGCAAGUCCAGGAGAUGCUGGAGACGAAGGAGAAAGUCCGUCGCAGGCCCGAGGACUGGUGGGAGAAAUCAGGAUGGCUGGACAGGCUCCAGAAGGAUGGGGAUUCCUUUGGGAUCCACCCACUGGCUUCUCUGCUCUUGCAACUGGAAAGUUCAGACACUUGGUCGAGGCUGCUGUGCGCCGAUGCUUUGUACCAACUGGAUCGCCUGGAAGAGAGUCAGCAGAUCCUGUGGGUGGCUCUCUCAAAGCACUCCGAGAAAUCCCCUGUCCUGGCCAGGCUGGCUCUCCUGCGGCUGAAGGAAGGCCGCGUGGAAGGUUGCAAUCAGUACUUGAAGAGGAUGCUUGAGACAAGAAAUCUGUCCCACCUGAAGAGCUUCGUGAAGGUUUUAAAAGAAGACGACCGAGCCCUGUGGAAAAGCCACUGUCACACCAGGGCGGUGACCAUCCUGAAAAAUAAACCAGGGGAGCCUUAUCUGAAGGAAGCCAUCGCUUAUCUCUCUUUGGCCAUCACCGCAGACGGGGUUAACGCUGCCGAUUGCCUUCUGUUGCGCGCCCAUUGUUACGGCCUCCUGGGGCAAAAGAAGACCGCCAUAUUUGAUUUCAACACCAUCUUAAAAGAAGAUCCGAGACACACCCGGGCACUUUGUGGGAAAGCAUUCAUCCACCUGGCCCUGGAUCAGAAGGAGGAGUCAACCCAAGAUCUGAUCUCAGCCCUCCGAGGGGAUCCAGCCUCCGCCAUGGCUGAAAUCGGCUCUCUAAAGCCGGACGCUCAAGUCCGGAUCCGCUCUUGGCUGCGGGAACACUGCAGGGACGCGCUGACAGACCUUGGCGAUAGACAAGACCCACUCGCCACGGAGACCUUGGAGACGCUCUCCAAAGUGGCAGAAUCGUUGGCGGAAAUGGACCACCAGGACAGUGAAGCUCACAUGCUGUGGGUCGACCUCCAGAUCGCGAAAGGAAGACCCAAGAUGGCCCUGUCGUAUCUCCAAAGGACAUUCGGACAAAGAGAAUCCAGCGACGCCGUCAACUCCCGGCUGGGGAUUCUGCAAGCGGUGUUGGGCAACUUAAACGGGGUCCACAUUUUGGCUACUUUAGCUGGAAAGGAAUACAAAGACUUGGAGCACCUGAUGGGGUUUUUAGAUGCCAGCCAGCGGCAAAAUCUUGCUCAGGUGGCAGCCAGAGAAGCGAAGGUAAUGAUGAAGGACCAAUGCCCCCUUGGCGCUGUGAAAUAUCUCACUUUAGCCACCUUGGCGAGCCACAAUAACCCCCAAUACCUUCGCCAACGUGCCACUUGCUGGACCCAGUUGGAAGAUUACCAAAGUGCCCUGGCAGACAUCCAGAAAGUGGUCCAGAAACAUGGGACAAACAGCUUGAAAACUCAGAUCAGUGAUUUCUGCACCUCAGCCUUCCUGCUCUUAGCCACUUCGGAGGAAGAGCUGGCUGUAAAACAAUUUAUUCACGCCUUACAGCUUGAAAGUUCCUUGGCCCUUAGCCACGUCCUUGCUGACCACAGGAAGGAGGAAAUGUCCAAAGCCUUCCUACGGACUGCCCGAACGUAUCUGGCAGCGGGACGUUAUGAAGAAGCCUGGACCACUACAAAAUUCGGCCUCCUGGUUGACCGGAACAAUCCUGAGCUUCAAAAGCUAAGAGCCAGAAUGAAUCGGCAGGCCUCUGGUUGCAAAAUUCAAUAAUUCCUAUUUCUAC